AUGUCUUCACCUAAUGCUAUAGCAUCAUAUGAUGAUGAUCAGCCUUCAGAGGAUACUUAUAAGAGAGGAGCCAAGUAUAAGCAGAACAAAGCUAGGAAAGCAGAUUAUGAUACAUCUAAACCCAAGAAAAAAGUCCAUACUGAGCAAGGUACGUCAGCGACUAUAGCAGUACCAGCAGCAGACAAUGAUAAGGAACCAAGGCAGCCUAAGAGAAAAGUUGCAGUAAUGCUAGGAUACUGCGGCACAGGUUAUCAUGGAAUGCAGUAUAAUCCGCCAAAUGCUACCAUUGAAGCUGAAUUGUUUGACGCUUUUGUGAGAGCUGGUGCAAUUUCGAAGGCUAACUCAAGUGAUCUGAAGAAAAAUGGCUUUAUGCGUGCAGCACGGACUGAUAAAGGUGUUCAUGCCGGUGGUAACGUGAUCUCUUUGAAGCUAAUCAUUGAAGACCAAGAUAUUAAAGACAAGAUUAACGAGCAACUCCCACCAGGGAUAAGAAUUUGGGGCAUCAGUCGCGUUAAUAAGGCGUUCGACUGUAGGAAGCUGUGUAGCUCCAGAUGGUACGAGUACCUGCUUCCCACGUACUCGCUUAUUGGCCCAAAACCUAAUAGCCAUCUCUUCCGAACUAUUGAGGAAAGUAAGAUUGAGCUUCCAGGAGUCCUAGACGAAGACCAAGAAUCAUCGGAAUUUUGGAAGGCCUUUCAAGAUGCUGUUGACAAGGCAUUUACACCCCAGGAACUCGAGGACAUAAAUAACUAUGUUCCUCCAAGCAAGGAAGAGUUUGACGAGAAUAGCUCAAUCUAUAGAAAGGUUAAGGAAUACAAGCAGCUAGAAAAUGCUCACCGGAGAGCUUACAGGAUCUCACUUGCAAAGUUAGAGAAGUUCCGCCAAAGUAUGCAACAGUAUCUUGGCGCUCACAACUUUCACAAUUUUACAUUGGGUAAGGACUACAAAGACCCUAGUGCUAUCAGAUUUAUCAAAGAAGUCACUGUAUCUGAACCAUUUGUUAUUGGCGAUAUGAAGACAGAAUGGAUUUCAAUUAAGAUUCACGGCCAGUCGUUCAUGCUGCACCAGAUCCGUAAAAUGAUUUCUAUGGCUACUUUGAUCACUCGUUGCGGCUGCCCAGUAGAACGUAUCAGCCAAGCGUAUGGGCCGCCUAAGAUUAACAUUCCGAAGGCUCCAGCUUUGGGGUUGCUGUUGGAAAGUCCAGUCUAUGAAGGCUACAACAAGAAAUUGCAGGAGUUUGGGUACGAUCCAAUAGACUUUACUAAGUACCAAAAAGAGAUAGAUGCCUUCAAGAUGGUGAAUAUAUACGAUAAGAUAUAUUCAGAGGAGAUCCAGGAAAACGUGUUUAACGCUUUCUUUUGCUACAUUGACGCUUUUAACCAAGUCACCGGUGCCCAGGGCGACGAAGAUUCCAACAGCAAUCCAUCCAAAGUGCAGAGGUGCAUCUUUGAUUUCUUGACAGCAAGAGGAAUUCCAACUGAAGUUGUCGAGAAGAAACGAGAAAUCACGCCAACUAAGUCAUCCGAAAAUGAGUCUGCUGUUACAGAGGUACAGAUUGACUCGGAAUCUAAGCCUGAGGUAUCCACCGAACCGACGUUGUCCACAAAAGAUUCUAAAAUUGAGCCCGAAAAUAGUAACGAAGAGUGA